AUGUCUCCGGUUCAGAACUCUACAUUCGCAACCUCGUCGAGCAUGGACGAUCACUCCAGAUGGAAGGAAACAGAAGAGGUUUACUCCAUUCUCUUGACGCGUGGAGAGGACCCAGAGUGGCGUACAUCGCUCGAAAGCCUCCACUUCCAAAAUCUGUACCUCGAGAAGGGGUUUUCCUUGUCUCUUCAGGAGAUCAAUAAAAUUCGAAAAUCGAUUGUGGUGCGAGUGCUAAAUACUCUAGUGAAAGAUGGGGUAAACUUCUUAUCUUGCUAUACGUUUACGGAGAGAGUGAACCAGACUGUGUGGAGAAGAAUCGGUCACCAUAUUUGCUUGGUCCUAAUUCUAUCGCACCGUCUUCUUGUGUUUCAACUGCUAACCAUAGCUUUGGCAACCCCAGUCUGGUAUUAUGGUUCACGCCUCCCAGCUCAUCGCGGCUACCCCUGGCGGCCACGAAUUCACAACGACUCCGAUCCACGAGAGCUACUGUGUUCUCUGUGGAGAGUAUGGCGAGGUCUCACGGUAGACCAUGAGAACCAGCAUUCCGAACCCAGGCUUCUGGAUGAAUCCACCAAUCAACUCACGCAAAGAGCCAGACUAGCAAUCGCAACAGCACCUGUUGAGGAAAUCAACGGCGUUAGGUUUAUAGAUGAAUACAAAUUAUCUCCAGAGACCCCUUACAUCUUCAACAUAGUCUCGGCCGUUGCUCCUCCUUUCGACAUGUCCAAACCAGACCUCGACAGUGUGCUAAUAAAUUUGCAGAAGCCCAUGCCUGCUGCCCGAGAAGACGGUGUCUCUGUCGAGUGUUGUGGGCCGGUUGGUGAUUUUUUCAAUCUUUUCCGAUGUAUUUUCUAUUUGCGAACACUUCAAGUUGGGCUUGAUCGUGCUUCAUCAGAGUAUCAUCGACUGGGGGCCUGGAAACGGUUCGUUCGACCAGCCUUGGCAGAGAGAGAUUAUUUUAUUACCCAAAAUGAUAUUGAGGAAUGGUCUAUAAAAAUCGACGGCUUUGGAAAUACGGAGUCGAUGAUGAAUUCGGAUUUUAUGGCAGCAUUCUGGGCUUGUGAGGAGUUCCGUCUUUGCGAUUCCGUGCUGGUACAAGACCUGGACACGCUUUUAUUUCGCCGCGACUUGGAAAUGGAAAUACAAUGCAAUGCCCCUCUUCUGGACUGGGAUGCAUCAGAGGGGCCUCUUCAGAUUGUUAUCAACUCGCGCUUCAACAUACCCGAAGAAAGCCUUCGGGAGUCCAAGGUACUCGUCAGCUCCGCUCGACCAGCUUUCUUAAGGGUACUUGCCAAGGUAGAAGGUGAACAGGACAUACCAUCACACCUCCGGCUUUCUACUGGCCUCAUUGAUCUUUCACGAGGUGUCUUGCCUACUGGCGGAUCACAGGCAAUGUACCACUUGGUAGUAGUGAUUCCUCAAGGGGAGGAUGGGCAGUGGGACCGGAUCAGAAGAUUCGACCCCGGUGGAGAUUCGUUCUGUCUCCAUGCUUCUUCAACAUUGGGCAUCUUGAUUUAUGCUUUCUUUGACGCAGGGUCUAUGCCAUAUCUCGAUCAACGAAGAAAUCCUGACGUGCCUGAGCAGAAGGGGUCCUCGGACCCCUUUGGACAGAGCGCGGGGCCAAGCGUCUUUGCGCCGCCUAAAAUUAAAAUUAGGAACGAUAAAGCAGGAAACUUUUUCAUAGUUACGUCUACGUCAAGGCAAACUGCACCUGGGGGGUCAUCAAACCCUGUGGAAGCUUCAGCUAAACGGGGUGGUGCUCACGCAUCAGAAUACCCAAACAAGAAUCAAAAAGGGGAAAACGGAUGGCGAACUGCAGUAUAA